AUGACUCAAGCACUUUCUCUAGAACAAUUUCAAGAACAAAUAAUAUCUAAGUUCACUGAUGUUAUCGGUGAGAAAUUAGGAGGAAAAAUCUUGUCAUAUUCAGAUCAAUGGUUUGCUGAUGCCGAAAACUUGAUUAAACCAAAACCUCCAAUUAGAGACGCAACUAGAUUUACCUAUGCUGGUGCCUGGUAUGAUGGAUGGGAAACAAGAAGACACAAUGAAGCAGAAGCAGAUUGGGUUAUUAUCAAGCUUGGGGUAACUUCUGCAAAAUUGAUUGCUUGUGAAGUUGAUACUGCAUUUUUCAAUGGUAAUCAUGCACCAUUUAUUUCUGUAGAAGCAAUCCAAAAGUUUGACAAUGAUGAUUUACUGGAUGUCAAAGAGAGUGAUUGGGAAACUGUUAUUUCAAAAGUUGAAUGUGGACCCCUGCAGAGACAUUUUUUUACCAGAGGAACCUCCUUAACAUCCAAAAAUUAUACCCAUGCAAGAUUAAGAAUGUAUCCUGAUGGUGGAAUUGCUAGAUUCAGACUUUAUGGAGAAGUGGUUCCAGUUGUUAAGGAAACUUCUGAUAAAGUGGCAAUUGACUUUGCAUCUGUUAAAAACGGUGGUGUUGCUAUUAAAUUUAGUGAUCAACAUUUUGGAACUGCAGAUAAUUUAUUAUUACCUGGUCGUGGCCAUGAUAUGUCUGACGGUUGGGAGACAAAAAGAUCCAGAGAGCCUGGUCACACAGAUUGGGUGGUUAUAAGAUUGGGUGCUCCAGCUCAAUUACAGAAAAUUGUAGUCGAUACUGCCCAUUUCAGAGGCAAUUUCCCGCAGAAAGUGAAUGUAAAAGGAAUUAAAGUGGACAACGAAUCUAAAAUUGAUCCAAUUUCAGACGAUUGGGAGACAAUUGUUGAUGACUCUAGAACAUCGGCUGAUAAAGAACACGAAUUUGAUGUGAAAGAUAAGAAUAAAGUAUAUUCACAUAUAAAAUUAACAAUCAUACCAGAUGGUGGUGUCAAAAGAAUUCGAGCAUUUGGUGUCCGUGGAUGA